AAAAAAAGGAAGUGUGGAAAUGUUGCUUCCUUGUUUUAGUAACAUGUACAGCCAGUUUGUCGUUUAUCUAAUAUAUAGACUCAAUUGUUGCAAAAGAUCAGUGACCUUUGGAUUUCAUACCCGCUAACUCUGUCGGUUGAAUGCAAUCCAGCAUUAGAAAACUCCGACUCUUUGUAGAAGCUACCUCAGAGUCAAUGAAUUUGAGGGUUGGAACUGAAAGAGGAUGCUCAUGCUGCUGCUUGUAUGCUUCGCGGCUUUGUUAAUGCUCCAGCCCAAGACAAUUUACUCGUAAAAAGAACUACCGAUGAACUUGCGGUGCGACGAAAAGUGCAGAAAAGGACGGAAGCUAAAACGAUUCGCGCAUGCGGGGUAUCGAUCCCGUAGCCUUAGAGGUAGGAGGGUACACGGACCAACUGACCCCAGAGAAAUGGAGGAUGUGAUUAGCCUGAGCUCCGACGACUCUGAUGUGGAGAUAGUUGGUUCUUUUAGUAAGUUCAGCGUCAAAUUGCCGCUGUCUGAAGUCCGAGUGGACCUGGAAGCGAAAAACGUCAGUAUUCCACCGCAUUUUAUUGACCUCACAGAUCCAAGGUGGUCUUUUCCGAAACUGAAGCUGCACAACAGAGAAAAUUCCACUGACAGGUCUGUGAUCGACUUAACCGCAAGCAAUGCCAAAGAGAUUUAUGUGGACACGGAGAAUUUAUCGCCAAAACGCGACGAUCCGCCGGAACCAGACGAUAAGGGUGACUGUAAACUUCUAAAGGAUGACGACCGCAACCUGCUGAAAAGGCCUCCCACAGACUGCUUAGUUUUUACUCCACAUGCGCCAAAACAGAGACGCUUGAAUUCUCCAAGUCAACGCGAGGAACAAGAACCUCUAAAAAGUAUUUGUCCUGAAACGCCAGUUGUGAAGUUACUGCGCUCACCUUUUCUUGAGUGUCGUGUCACUGAGCUGAAAAGAUCCACUCCUUCUGUGCGGUCAGACAGUCCUUCUGAGAUGCCGCUACAUUGCACAGAGCUGAACUCUAAAGAUGAAGCAUUAAAACAUGUUGAUAAUUUGAGGGAACCCAUAGCAGCUGUCAUUGAAGAAAAGACUGAGGGACUUGCAGUUGCACAGUUGCUUGAGAACGAAGCUCAAAAACUCCAGGGUCUGGUUGACUCUUCGAACCCUGGGGAAGAAAGCUCUGCCGCAACUCCAGGAAAGCAGAACACUAAUGAAGAUGGUUUCCUCUUAUCUGAGUGCAAUUCGUCCCGAAGUUCUACCCCGUCAUCUCAAGAUGAAAGCCAAAGGAACGCCCUCGGCUCCAACCUUAAACAAGCAGGAUCAGAAAAAGCUGAAUGCAGUCAGAGCUCCCCCUCUGAUGUCUCUUCUCCACAGUCCUUAACAACCGGAUCCAACUCUUGUUUGGAGUCUUUCUCUCCAGUAUCGUUGGAUUGUGACAGCCAAAGUGACAAAGUCUGCGGCGAUGCACUGGCUGGAAAAACCCCCGAGUGGCAGCUGGAGACAGAGAAGUAUGGAGAUUUAGGCCCUGACAGUCCAGUGUCUUUGCUGUGGCGAGGGGACAGUGACGGAGAGGACACGGGGGAGGAGGGCAGAUUCACCACAGCCAGCACGGAGGACAAGCGCUACGUGUGUCCAACCUUCCUCAGGAGGGUGAUGGCCAGACACGCUCACAUCUCGAAUGAGGACGAAAGUGAGAGCUUGGAAACCCCCGAAGUGUUGUGCCGUCAGAGCCUGAGCUUGGUGUACAGCACCAUCGAUGAGUGCUACCCAGAGAGCACCUUGCAGCUCCUGUCUGACCUGCUGCAGCCUGGUUAUUACCCACCCAAAGAUAUCCUGGUGCACCUGCUGCGUGGGAUUCUGCUUGACCCUCAGUGUCCAUACUACCUUUGUGUGCAGGCGUUCAACCUGCUGAUGAGGACCCAAAGACACCACACAGCCACUAAAAGUAGCGUUCCAUGGGACUGGGAGUUACUUACAUCCAUAAUGUCAAAUCAGGACCAGAGGAGGGAGCGUGGCGGUGAGGUUGUGUGCAUGUUCCUGGAGUACAUUGUGCAGACUUUGGAGGAUGACUUCUAUCUCAAACGGUCUUCAUCCUCUCUAAGCCACUCCCUCGCAAAGGCGACGCUGUCGUGUGAUCAGCAGUUUCCUCGGGUCAGGGAUGUUAUUAAGUGGUUGUUUUCAGCCAUCAUGAAUUCAACAGAACAUGGAGCAAAUGAGGGAGCUGCCAGAAAGAGAGAAGAACAAAUAAGAAUAGUCUGCAUGUUCCAAAAGAUGCUGUCCCUGGCUCUGGAGGUGGACCGUUGUCCUGCUCUGAGCUCUGCCAAGCUGUCUCAGGAGCUCUUCCACAUGCUCCUCAGUGACGCUCCUCUGAGAGCACGCAGGAUGCUGCUGCUGGACAGCCUGCAGAGCAAACUGCUGAGAUGUAAGCUGCUGGAACAUCUGCUGGACUAUGCAUGCCCCCAAAAACUUGCUGUGCCCAUGUCCCUCACGUUACUGCUUCACUUUAUGAAGAACUGCACUCUGGCCCCAGACCCCACGGACGGAACAGAAAGGUGGCUGAAGUGGGAAGAGUUGGUCCAUCUGCUGUGGAUGCUGUUGCUCAGCUACAACAAAGCAAUGAAAGGCUACCUGUCCAGCUCCUACAGAAAACAAAGCGACAAAGCAGGCCCACCAGUUUACAAGCCGCAUGACAUGGUAUCAAAGGCUGCUGUCCGAGAAGCUGUGGAGGCCUUCCUGUCCAGAUCCCAGGCUGAUCUGGACCAAGCCUUACCUCUUCAUGUGGAGGAGUCUCUAACUUAUCUGCAGGAUUACCUGCUAGAUAUCUGUCAUAAUUAAACUCAAAAUGUUCUUGUCUUUUUUUUAUGCUGAUUUUUUUUUUUUUUAAUAAAAAUGAACUAUAUGUUAAAAGAAAUAAUUUAUUAAUUUUGUUGUGAUUGUACAUGUUUUGGAGGCCUUCCUGUCCAGAUCCCAUGCUGAUCUGGGGCUAAAGGCUUUACCUUUUCUGCAGGAUCCCCUGCUAGAUGUUGAAUUCAAAAUGCUCCUGUACUUUUUGGUGCAGAAUGUGUUCUUUUUUUAAAAUCAAUUAUAUAUUAAAUAUGGUUUAUUUAUUUUGCUAUGUUUGUAUUAUAAAAUGUUUUAAUGAGUUUAAAUAUCACUCUUGAAUAAAUUUUUUAUUGUUUGUA